CACGUCGUCAAUCAUCUGCCGUUUUUCUGUCAACUCUGCCACGACCGACCGAGGAGCAGUAGCACCAGCAGAAAUUUCAUUUCACUUCCCUUCGUCAUUCUCCCCUCGUCGCAAUCGCGGUUCGGUUGUCAGUUUAGUUUCUCUGGGAAGUUGUAAUUGUGCUUUCACCACGGCGGCACGAGGGUAGUUUUCUAGUCACUCAUUUGCUCAGUAGGAACGAAUUCUUUUUCGGUGGUCAUCAUCACAUCGUCAUCAUCAUGUCUGAAGAAACGUCUGAUUCCUCCUCCAAUCUGAAUAAUUCCUUUGAUGACUCUGCCGACAAUUCAGAUUUGACUGUGAAAGUGAUUUGUCUCGGUGAUUCGGCAGUGGGGAAAUCAAAGCUGCUGGAACGGUUUUUAUCGGAUAAAUACAAACCACAACAAGUGUCAACGUACGCCCUGACGCUGUACCGGUAUCGGUCCAAGGUGGAAGGGGAAGUCAUCAAUGUCGAUUUUUGGGACACAGCGGGUCAAGAACGAUUCCAAUCCCUCCACCCGUCGUACUAUCAUCAGGCGGAUGCAUGCGUCAUAGUCUUCGACGCGACGAGAAAGGUCACUUACAAGAAUUUGUCCCAGUGGUUUGACGAGUUGAGACAAUAUCGUCCAGAGAUUCCUUGUUUUUGUGCGGCGAACAAGAUUGACUCAAAUAUGGAUAUUACCAAUCGCACAUUUGCUUUUCCGGAGAGCAAAGGUAUACCGUUGUACUAUGUGUCGGCUGCCACUGGAUCAAAUGUGGUGAAGUUAUUUCGCGAUGCUAUCGAGGGAGCUGUUAAAUACAAGAAAAAUCCAACACAUUGGACUGACCAGAUUUUUCGAGAGCUUGACAAGACGUCAAUUGACGAGAAAGAUGGCGAAGACGACGAGUCCCCAAAAAACUCAGUAACGCCAAGCAAAGAUUGAACAGGGCCGAAAAAUAACCAAAAAAUUCUUGUGAUAUCUCAAUAAAAUAUUUUAGUUAGAGUGUAGUAUCAUGAAUUUAGGAGAGGAAUGUGAUACAAAGUUAUGAUUUUGUAUAGGUUUAUAUACGGUCGAUUGUAAAAAAAUUACCUGUGAAAUCCUGUAGAACCUUAAAAGAACAAUUAUUCGUUCAAAAUGUUA